CUACCACAUCUUCACAGAGCAGGACUCACACUCUCUCCUUAACAAGCCAUCAAGCCUCAUUCAUAAUCCUAACUGCCCACCAUGUCUGGAAUGCACUCCCACGACGGCGUUAACUUCCAUGCUUCUCAUGGUCACUCUCACGAUCUCCCCGCCGCCGAUCACGGCCAUACCCAUGAAGUCCUUGAUGGGCCCGGGAGCUACAUGGGCAGAGAGAUGCCAAUCAUUGAGGGAAGAGACUGGUCUGAACGUGCUUUCACCGUUGGGAUUGGAGGUCCCGUCGGGUCAGGAAAGACGGCUCUGAUGUUAGCCCUCUGCCUCGCACUCCGAGAGAAAUACUCCAUUGCAGCAGUGACGAAUGAUAUCUUCACCCGCGAGGAUGCCGAAUUUCUGACAAAACACAAAGCCCUUCCUGCAUCGCGCAUUCGUGCCAUAGAGACUGGAGGUUGUCCUCAUGCUGCCGUUCGGGAAGACAUCUCUGCCAACCUUGCCGCACUGGAAGACCUGCACCGCGAGUUCACAACUGACAUCCUCCUGAUAGAAUCUGGAGGCGACAAUUUAGCGGCGAAUUAUUCCAGAGAACUAGCUGAUUACAUCAUCUACGUGAUUGAUGUCAGUGGUGGCGAUAAGAUUCCACGGAAAGGAGGACCAGGCAUAACGCAGAGCGAUCUGCUGAUUGUGAACAAGACCGAUUUAGCCGAGGCUGUGGGUGCAGACUUGGAUGUGAUGGAUAGAGAUGCGAGGAAGAUGAGAGAAGGUGGGCCGACUGUUUUUGCGCAGGUCAAGAAGGGCAGGGGAGUCGAUCAUAUUCUGGGUCUGAUCGAGAGCGCAUGGAAGGGCAGCGGUGCAGAGGCGGUCACUAAAGAGAGAGGUGGGCCCCAUGCUACGGCUGGCUUGGAUGAGCUGAAGUAGAUUGCUUUUCGCUUUGGUAUAGUUUGAUAUCGGGGCGGCUUUUUGGUGGGGAUUCUGAGCAAUAGCAAGCAUUCCUUUGUGGCUAACGUUAACUUUAUCUUGUUGGCUCCAAAAUGUCUCCGAAGUCUGGGACCGGAGUUAAUCUCAGGAGUAGCAGCAAGAAUUGGCUUGCCCUAGUUCUUGAUUUUCCGAGAUCGUGAGGUGUGGACUGGCAUUCCACUUCGCACCAUCAUUGCUUUUUGGACUGGAAUAUGCACUCACAUUAUAUUCCUUCCAAUAGCUUCGUUCUUCGUUCUUCUUUCGCUCACCCCUCAGUCUCAAGGACAACUUCUUUUCUAGAUAUCUCCAUGUCAUCCACCCAUUCCUCAAAAGCUAUGA